GGAUGUAAGGACAUUGCAUGUUACAUGUAUCAAAUUACAUACCAAUUUUUAAAAUACUCAUGGACCACACACAAUAAUUUAUCCAUGUAUGUAUGAUUUGGGAAAAUGUAUAUUUUAAGAUGAAAGGAAACUUUAAUCCCAGUUGAAGUUUCAUCAUAAACACUUUGAUAUGUCAAAUGAAUAGCCCUCUAAGCCUGAUGACUUUAAAUUUUAUUUCAAUGACGGCAUAAAAUGAAAUCGAUUUAUUUCAUAAACCGAUAAACGGCAACUGAUGUUAAAUCAUAUGAAAGAGCAAUCUUGACAUCAGCAUAAUUGUACGUCUGAUUUGAAAUUGCCGCCUUUUGUGCCGGAAAUGAGGGUCACGUGAUAAGACCACGCCCACCUCCUUCGCGCAUCCGUUCUGCGCAGGGUAAAGAUGGCGGCAAAGUUGAAAAGUUGCCGUCGCUUUCGUCUUGGAAAUACGAGAAAAUAUUGAGCAGAAUUGAGUACUUGGCCUGAAACUUCCCGAGGAAAAUUUUUUACCUUCCCUGGAGAGGCAGAGACGUUGAAGGGGGCGCAAAACUUGCAGAAUAUGUUGAGACGACAACAUGGAAGAACCCAAGAUGUUACCACCUCAUACGCUGUUGGAAGCAAUGAUCCAGAUGGUGGAACAAGCGUUCAUCAUAAGACAAGUUCAGCACAGCAGCAGACAUAACCAUCACCCCACAGCCAGGACAGACCAGUUGUCAGUACAGGUGUACCUACAGUCAGAUGAAGUCAGACUCCAGGGGACAGACUUGACGUGGUUCAUCAUCAGAGCUGCCAUGACUGGUCCAUGGAUCAACCAUCUUCAUCUCAAGAACUUUGUGACAGACAAGUUACACAAAGUGGUGAGCCACUCCCAGGCCUACAGCCCAGAGGAGUAUUGUCUGUGGUCAGACCUGGUGGGUGAAGAAGGCAGGACAAGGCGAUGUAUCGCUACCCUGGGGGCUGGUCCAGAGGAUGUCUCUGUCAGAGAAGUUAUCAAGAAAGUGCCUUCAGGAUGGCAGGGAUUCUCUGUGCAGUUCAAGGUUUUGUACAGUAGGAUGAGCGUGCUAUCUGAGUGCCAGGCCAUCUCUGCCUUCUUCCACAGGAUUCACAUACUAAGUCCAGAGGUUUCUCUGGAGUACCAACGUGGUUUGGAUGAACAGUCAUCAACUGUGAAGUACCUACCAAACAGAAGUAACUUUAGGACAUCCAUUGGACAGAGAAAACUGCUAACUGACAUUGAUCAUUACCUCUGUCCUGCUGAGAUCCCAGACUGGGAGAAGAAGAUCAGACCUCGGGCAGGGUCCAAAGUGAUGCUGAGUCCUGUCAGGCUGCCUGACAGCACAGAGGUCAGAGUUCAGCUGUGUGUGGCAGCAGCUGUCACCCCUCCUGUGGACAGCACUCUCCUGUCUAAUCACUGGUGCAAGUCUGUACAGCUGUACACUUAUGGCCCAGCAGGUGUGCCCUUGUUCGUACAUGAGAAAUGCCCCCUACCUGUGUCUCACCUGGUCAGGUGGGAGGACUAUGGACUCAGGCUGGCAGGGGAGCUGACUCAAAGUAAACAGGAAGGCAUUGCCUGGCCAGACAGUACCUUCCAACUGGAGACAGCAGCAGCAGCACAGAGUCAGUCUCACCAGGGGCAAGGUGAGGGGCAGGGCCCAUCUCAUGUGUUACAACUGUUCCUACUCCUGGAGCUGCCCAGUACAUGUGUCCUCACCACCACCCAGCAAAUAGAUCUGUUGUCUGUGCUGAGGAGAGAACUUGGUCAGCUGGGCACAGACCAGAGGGGGAAGUUCUCCCGAGCAGCCCACAGUGCCCUGAACAAGGUGCUGAAGAACCAUGCUGACAUGAGAGAGAAACAAGUAGUUAUGGAGAAGGCCAUUCCCCACAUUGCUGAUGCUAUGCAGACUGUCCUGAGGUACAGCACUGAUGAUGGCUUCAGGAACAGGUGCUUUGCUGCUGUCCAGGUGGAGGAUAGCAGAGAGCUGGCUACUGCUGUGUCUGCCAGACUGUGGGACAUAGCUGCUGACAAGUACCAAGUCACUCCACCAGACAGGGUCAGACACAGCCAGGUUGUCUCAAGUGCUGAACUACCAGCAUCCUCUCCACUGCAGAACUCACAUACAUCUACAGCAUCGGAUACCCAACAGUUGGCAGUUCCCAGAGAAUCAACCUAUACUGAACCUUCAAAUUCUCAACCUGUCUUGGAUCCAGCCAUGGAACUUCACUCUCAGAUACUGGAUGAAGACUGGAGCAGCCCUGACUUGACUGAGUCUGUGGGACUUCUAGAUGUUGUACCACAGGACAACUCUCAUGGCAUAGUGGCAGCAGACAUCUGUGGUGAUGCUGGACAAACAGCUUUCAGCUUAGACAAGAUUGAUGCAUCUGCACUUGAAGAUGACUGGUUCAGCCAAGUAAUCCUGGAUGGAGAUCCUUGGGUUUAGGGAGAAACAUCUUGAACUGUCAUUCUUUAAGAAUCAUCUAGGGGUAUUUGUUAGUUUAUAAAAUACUUCUAAGGUCAAGAUUUUUAAUGUACACUAAUUUCUGAGGUUCAUGCAAAGUGGACUUCAAAUGUUUGUGGUUAAUCAAUCUACUACUAGACUACUAGUAUUUAUUUGUACAGUCAAUGCAGAUCUGCUUUUAUGUACAAUCAGGUUAGUCAUAUAUACAUAUAACUGAUGGAAAGUACCAUCAACCUUAUGAUAAAUGUUCAGGAAAAUGCAGCAUAGUGUUUCUUUUACAAUAUAUACUGCUAUUAGGAAGACUUAAUGAUACAUAUGUCAUAUAUUCCUAUUCACUAUCAUAUCACUUUGUAUCUGUUAAGGGAAAGACCAGAUAUUAUUCAAAAUACUGGUGAAGUUUUUCAGGUUAGUAGUUUUGUUUCAUUUUCUUCCUUUUUCAUUUUCUGCCUGUCAAAAGAGCCUUCUGAUAGUCCACCUCAUGCUGGUUUGACUUCCUUACACAGAAAUUGUCUAGUAGAAAUGUACGUUUCCAUGCAGGCUAGCUACAAACACAGACUGUACUAUAAAUCCAUUUCAUGGCAUAGAUAAUAUGUUAACAAUGUCAGAGCAAGGAGUUUGAUAAAGUUAUACACAUCAAAA